AUGUCUCAACAAGUUAUUUUGGGUGAUAAACUUGCUCAAAAAUAUAUUAGAGAAUUAAAAUUUGUCAGUCCACGUUAUAAAAGUGCAGAAAUUUAUGUAAGAAGUACGGACUUUAAUAGAACAUUAACUAGUGCUAUUUCAAAUAUGGUUGGGUUUUAUAAGAAUGGAGAACCGGGAGAAGACUUUCCUGAAGAUGCUUGGCCGAAAGGCUUUACCCCCGUCGCUGUCCACUCUACUAGCAGUCAAAGUGAUCAACUCGUUACAGAUAUGGUUUCUCCUUGUCCUAGACUAUCUGAAAUGCAAAUAUUGAUGAAGAAAACACCCGAAUAUGAGAAAUUAAUGAGUGAUAAGAAGUGGAUAUUUGAUGAUUUAACAAAAUUUUGUGGACAAGCAAUAAACACAUCCAAUAUUGGAAUGUUACAAGAUACUCUUUUUAUUGAAGAUCUUUACAAAAAUAAAUUAAAAUUAGAAAUGCCAGAAUGGACACAAAACAAAACUAUUAGGGCUGAAAUUAAAAAUAUUAGUGAUUUAAUGAAUGAAUGGAAUAAUGGAAGGGGUAAACAAAUAAAUAUUUUUAAAGAAAAGUUCAAAAAAGGAAGAGGACCUUUACAAACAAAAAAACCUUUCAAUCCUUUCUCAAUAUUUAUGGCACAACUUAGGAAAAAAAUUGGAAGAUAA